AUGGGGGCUGUAGAUAUAUUAAUUGUUUAUGAGGCAUUAGAUACACUUAGGAUAACAUUAAAGAAUCAGGCAACAGGAGAGGAGAAGAUAGUGCAUGCAUCACCAGAGGAAGCAAGAAAAGAUUCUUUCCUUAAGAAUGAGGAAGGAGAAGAGGUAGAGAAUAUUGAUCAACAACCAUUAACUGAAUGGAUUGUUAAUAACUAUAAAAAUUUUGGUGCCAAUCUUGAAUUCAUCACUAAUAAGUAA